UAGUUCGUAAACAGAAACCUGCGUGACUGGUCUAACAGCCGGUGUACGCGCGGCACCGCGCCGCGCCCCCAUUCGACGCGAUGGCGCUCCGCUCGCAACUCCUGCGCACAGUUUACAAUGGAUCUCAAGCUCGCCAGUUUAGUGAAGCAAGGAAGGAGCGCGCAGGAGUGACUAAACUGAGAGAAGUUCUAGAAGACAGACUGCAAGAUAUCAAGAAGGCUAAGACUUGGAAACAUGAGAGGAUCAUCACAUCUCCUCAGGAUAGGAAGGUGACGGUGCAAGGCGCAAAAGGAGAGUUCCUGAAUUUCUGCGCAAAUAAUUAUUUAGGAUUAUCUAAUCAUCCAGAAGUGGUAGAGGCCGCCAGAGAAGGCUUGAAAAAGUAUGGAGCUGGUUUGAGUUCAGUUCGCUUUAUAUGCGGCACGCAGUCAAUACAUAAGGAUCUAGAAAAUCGCAUAGCAGAGUUCCACGGGCGAGAAGAUGCUAUUCUGUAUGGCUCAUGUUUCGACGCGAAUGCUGGCCUGUUUGAGUCAAUGCUGACGCCAGAAGACGCGGUGUUCUCAGACACCCUCAACCAUGCUUCCAUCAUUGACGGCAUUCGGUUGUGCAAGGCGCAAAAGUUCCGGUAUCCGCAUAGAGAUUUGAACGAACUCGAGCACCUGCUAGCUCACAGCGAGGCCCGCAUCAAGCUGAUCGUGACUGACGGAGUAUUCUCAAUGGACGGCACGGUGGCCCCGCUGAAGGGGCUGCGGACCCUGGCCGAUAAGUACCGAGCGCUGUUGGCUGUGGACGACAGCCAUGCUACUGGAUUCUUUGGGGAGACUGGCCGGGGCACAGAAGAGUAUUGCGGUGUGCCGGGCGCAGCAGACAUCAUCUGCUCUACACUCGGCAAGGCAGUGAGCGGGGCCGCGGGCGGGUACACCACUGGGCCGAGGGAACUAGUCACUUUACUGAGGAACGUCUCAAGACCGUAUCUGUUCUCCAACGCCCCGCCGCCUCCAGUCGUUGCUGCUUCUCUGAAGUCUCUAGAGCUGGUAGACCGCAGCAGUGAGCUCCGGCAGCGUCUGCAGGACAACACGAGGGCGUUCCGCGAGGGACUACAGUCAGCCGGCCUUACUGUCAGCGGGGACCAGCAUCCCAUCUGCCCUGUCAUGGUGGAGGCGCCAUUAGCUGUGGAGUUGGCUAGUGGCAUGCUAGAGCGUGGUAUCUACGUGGUAGCGUUCAGCUACCCUGUGGUACCGAAGGGAGCAGCUCGUGUGAGGGUUCAGCUCAGCGCUGCCCACACCCCUGAGGACGUGAAGCGUGCAGUUGACGCGUUCGCUACCGUAGGAAAGGAUAUUGGACUUGUGAAGUAGAGAAGCUAAGAACAUACGUUUUAGUGAAAACAAUGAGAAGUGAAAGUAAAAAGGAAGAAAUGAAGAUUGAUCUAGUUUUUUUUUCAUCAUUUUGGCAAUUAUGAUUAAGUAUUAUUUAUGUAAUUAGGACGUGAUUUCAAGAGAAGAAUAAUAAUUUUCUUUGCUACGAAUCAAGGUUUUAAAAAAAAUAACAUACAUACAUAAACUCGCGCCUAUUUCCCACCGGGGUAAGCAGAGACUAUAGAAUUCUAUUCGCUUCGAUCCUGAGACACUUCUCUUGCAAAAAAAACUCUUUUUCUCUUAAAAAAACAAACUCUGUAAAAUUGUAUUUUCGCUGAAUUAUUUUUUUUAAGUAAUAUUUUGAUUACUUAGGUAUAAGUAUGAACCAGUUGUCUUCGUUAUUGUUUGUUACUUGAGAAUCUAAAUUGUUUUAUCUCGGAAGUUAAUAAAAAAAUCUUGUACUGAACAAACAAAUAAAAUAUA